AUGGAUACUCAAACUAGAACUUCACUUAUUGAAAAUGGAUUUGAUUUAUCAUCAUCACAAAUUAUUGUCGAAAAUCUUUGUCAUUAUAGUGAUUUAAUUGGUUCAAUUCUCAAGUUACCUGGUAGUUUUCAUUAUUUUCAUUCAAAAUAUAAAUUAGACGAUUAUCCUCAAGAAUUUAUCAUAAAAAUUCUCGAAACAGCAAAUAAAAAUUUAAAAAAUAUUUGUCUAGAUUUAUGUCCCAUAAUUACAUUUGAUAUAUUUUCAGCAAUUUUAAAUUAUUGUACAAAGAUUACCAAAUUAUCUUUAUAUUAUUUAAGUCCUGAACAAGUAAUAGCAAUAUUUAAUAAUAAUUCUAAUGAAGGAUUUAAUGCUAAUGAAUUAUUAUCUCGAAUGGCCGAAAAUGUACCAAAAUCACUUGAAACUAUUGAAAUUCGAAUGGAUUAUGAUAAUCCAUGGAAAUUUAGUGCUGAUAGUUUAGAAAAUUUUUUUGGAAGGUGGUGUAAAGGAAGAUGA